AUGCUCCCCGUCCUGGGCGAGCACCAGUGCCGCGUGCAAGACGACAAUCUCUGCGGGUACGUAAAGCCCUACUACACUGGCGCCACGUCCGGCUUCCGCGCCACCGAGACGUUCAGCUUCGGGGCCACGCCCGUCAAAGGCGUGGUGUUCGGCUGCAGCGGCGACAUCACGGUGCCCAACCUCGACGGGGCCUCCGGAUUCGCCGGCUUCAGCAGGGGACCCCUCUCCCUCGUCUCGCAGCUCAAAAUCUCCAGCUUCACCUACUUUAUCUCGCCUCCCGGCGGAAAAAAUGCGAGUGCGCGUGCGCGUGGGCACCUCAGAUGGAGCUGGGGCGCCGGCGCCGAUUACACCGCGCUGCAGACGGCAACGACGACUACAGGGGGCGGCGGCGGCAGCAGCAGCACGCUGCUGCUGCCGGCCACAGAACACCAGAACCCUUACCUGUACUACGUCAACCUCACGGGCGUGCAGGUAGAAGACCAGCUCCUCACGGCCAUCCCGGCGGGGACCUUCGACGUCCGGCAUGAUGGCUCCGGCGGGGUUUACCUGAGCACCACUCUGCCGUUUACCUACCUCGACAAGGCCGCGUACAACGUCCUAAGGCCGGAGCUCGUGAGCAGGAUCCAGUCGCAGGGCGUGUUUCCGGUGAACGUCGCAGCCGGAGGCAACCUUGAUCGCGUGUGCUUCCUCACGCAGGACCUUGCCAAAGCCAAGGUCCCGACGCUCGCGCUUCUGUUUAACGGCGCCGACGCGGCGAUGGAGCUCAAGGUGGAGAACUAUUUCUUCGCCGACGACAGCGGGCAGACGUGCCUCACCAUACUGCCCUCGGCGGCUACGGGCUCGGUGCUGGGUAGCCUUCUGCAGGCAGGCAGGAAGAUGACCUACGACAUCUAUGGCAACGGUGGAGGGCGGCUAACGUUCGAGACGGCACCAGCAGGUGCUCCGGUGCCGGAGUGGGCGUCGCUCAUGAUAAUGGCCACUCUCCUGUGGAUGUUCGGCUCGCAAGCUCUUUUCUAA